AUGGUCGUCCUCAGCGGUCGCUUUGCAUUCCUUCUAGCACUGUCUUCCCUCGCCCUCACUUCCGUCCCUCUGUCUGCUGCGGUACCUACCACCCAAACUUCCCACUCCGGCGCGGUAGGGAAGCGCCCACAGACGCCUUCCACAAGGAUCCAGAUCCCUCUACCAGCCAAUCACUCAUCUCACCCAAGUUCAGGCGGUACUCGAAAGGUAUCAUCGGAUGCAGUCAAGACUGCUAACAAGAGCAAGGGUGGAUCUCACACCGGUUCUGGUGGCAAGGGAAGGAAGAGCAAGGGAAAGAAGGAAGAUAAAGACAAGCGUUCUCUUUACUAUGCAUCGCCGUCUGCGUUCGAUCCCAUGAACCCUCUCUUGCGCAUGGGUGAUAUAUCCAUCAAGCGCUCGUCGUCGUCCGAGGGUGAGAGCGAGAGUAGGGUAUCCUCAAGGUUCUUCGGGCACAGCCGAGUUCGGUCGCAGGGCUCUCGUCCCGCAUCGUAUCUUCACUCCGGUACGUCGUCUGAGGGUACGGUCGUAAAGGGGUCCAGGGUCUAUGCAAGGCGGAGCGCCGACCAUGACCACGAUCAUGACCACGACCAUAGCCACGGUCACGACCACGACCACGACCAUGAUCACAAGCGCGAUGUGGUAGUGGAAGGCGACCAUGAUCACGUUCACGCCCAUGGAGAGAAGGUUAUCGUCGACGGCAAACACGACCACGUCCAUAUCCAUCGCCGAGCAGACCAUGACCAUGACCACGACCACGACCAUGACCACGACCACGACCACGAUCAUGAUCACAAGAGGGAUAUAGUGGUCGAGGGUAAGGACGACCACGCGCACAUCCAUACGCAUGGCGACAAGGUCGUGGUCAAAGGUGAUGACGACCAUGUUCAUGUUCACGGACAUCGGCGUUCCAUCUGGUUAUCCGGCACCCGAGGCGACAAUUACCUCAUUCAGUCACAUCCUUCCGAAAAUGGGAUGAGUAUCGGCAUGGGGGCUAGCUUGGGGAUGGGCGCGCACAUGGAGGCGAGGGACUUUGCAGACCUUGAUCUAGGGAUGGUAGGAGUUCCUGGAACAGUCGAUAUCAUGAGUAUACUGGCAACCCCUCCAUAUUCCACCAAGAUUGCCUCUCUAGUGCUUGCUACGAUGAACUCGAGCGGCGAUUACGGAGCUUACGAUGCCUCUAACUCCACCAGUACUGAUGGAACAUCGGAGAGUGGAAACGGGACGUCGUUCGUACUGAACGUAUCAGACUCCAAGCAGACCAAGAUGUUCCUGGUCCCUUUCAACAAUGACUCUGCAGUCGCAGCGUCCGACGAUUCCUCUUCCUCUACCACGACUGGCAGCGAUACCUCCACGUCUGCAAGUUCUUCGACGACGUCGAUGACGAGCUCGGCGUCUUCGUCUGCGCCCACAGCUUCCUCGGUGACUAUGCAGGCUGCGUCGCAGGACAUUCCUGUCACUCUUCGCAUUCCCGUCUUCAACUCCGAACAGGCCGAGAUGGUAAACUAUUGCGCGACGUUUGACCCCGACCCCGUCAAGCCUGUCGUGAUGAGUGUGGAAAGCUGCAUGAGUAGUGGUACCGCCCCUGGGAAGUCCCAGCUCUUCGCCUAUAAUACGCAGUCGGGCGUCGUUCGUCCGAUGUGGUUCGCAGGACAAGAUGACGGGAUGUCUGACUCUACACCGGAUGCUACUUCUACGACUAUGGUCACUUCAACCUCGACUGUCGCUUCGACAGUAGCUCCUACGUCGACCGGUUCUGUCUCCGCGGCGAGCAUGCCCAUCAUCGACAAUGGCGACGAUUCGGAAGGCAAGGACAGCAGCGAUGACUCCCUCGUGGAUCCUGGCACGCCGGACAACGCCAACGUGGCUAGCGUGACCUCGUUGAACUCGGAAGGUGCCGCUCGCGGGUUCGACGAGGAGAGCUACGGAGAUGACACGCGGCCUGGGUUCUCGUACGCUGCAGAGGAGGGUGCUCCCUCAGGAAGUGGACAGGCCCAGCCUAUGAACGUGACCUUAGUGUUCACUCCCGAGAUGCCUGUUGCUGUUGGCGGGAGCCCGUCAUCGCAGACGACUGGUACCUCAAGCUCUAGCGACACCGUGGCGGCUACGGCGACUGCUCAAGACGCGCUGUCCUCCACUACUGGUACCGACUCAGCAAUGACGACUUCGAGCGAUUCGAGUGGGACCACAGUCACCGCUCAGGAUGCUACGUCUACAACCGCCAGCUCGGACUCUUCCUCCUCGACUAUUGUUUCUGCCGACAAUGUUGCCUCCACUUCUUCUUCAACCGACUCCUCUUCCGCUUCUAGUUCGGAUGGUACGACUGUCACACGUUCCCUCCAGGUACAAGUCGUUGCUGCGACUCCGACGCCCACUAUGACGGAGACUGCGACGGGAUCUUCCAUGACGCCGGAGUACAGACCUCACACCCUUUUAACGAGUUCGCCCUCCCAUCCACCACCCUCGUCUACCGGGUCGUCUUCUGUGGACUUGUACUCUAGGGGAUCGUCAAUUAUUUCGCUGAGUACCUGA